AUGAGCGAGAGGUUGAAAUUGAAAAGGGAGGAAAAGAAAUUCUUCUUUCUUGUGCCUUCUUUCCCCGUCCCGCUCCUUGCUUCCGUCGCGACCCGUGACUCAUCCCCCCGUUCAGGACUUCGACCCGCUCGUCCUGUUCUCCUCUGCAACCUUGCCUUCUCCCAUCUCCCGUCAUCUCCCCCCUCCCCCUUCCUUCCCCCCAACCCCUUCCCCCCCACCAACCCCCCCCAACCCCACACCUCUCCCCUUCCGACGCCCCAUCUCCCUCUUUUCUCUCACCCACUCCAGGACCCGGACACGGUUCAGGACUUCAACCCGUUUGCCAACGAGGGCAAGGGCGAUGGCACAGGGUGGACCUUCUCACCUCUCACCAAGGAAGCCAUGAUGGGGGCGCUGUGGACGGCGAUUCAGACAUACAGGGAGCACAAGGACUCGUGGGUGCGGGUGAUGGAGAGGGGCAUGCUGCAGGACAUGUCGUGGAACAAGGCAGCCGAGCAGUACGAGCAGAUCUUUGGCUGGGCUAUGCAGGACAAGCCCUAUGCUUGA